GCUGUGCUGCUCCUAAUGGAGUUCAUGCUGCUAGCUGUAGCUCAAAGUAGUUGUCCAGCUUAUGCUGGGGUGCCGGGCACACCUGGCACACCUGGACACAACGGCAGCCCUGGCAGAGAUGGAAGAGACGGGUUUCCUGGACCAAAAGGGGAAAAAGGAGAUCCAGGCAUUGCUGCUGACAAUAAUUUAAUUACAAAACUUCAAUUAGAUAUCAAACAUCUAACAGAUAGACUCAGUGGAAUAGAGAAAGGGUUUGUGGAGUCGUGUUCUGCUUUAGUCGCCAGGCCGGAUCUGUUGAUGGCGCUGUUAAAGCAUCAAAUCUGUGCUGUGCUGCUCCUAAUGGAGUUCAUGCUGCUAGCUGCAGCUGAAAGUAGUUGUCCAGCUUAUGCUGGGGUGCCGGGCACACCUGGACACAACGGCAGCCCUGGCAGAGAUGGAAGAGACGGGUUUCCUGGACCAAAAGGAGAAAAAGGAGAUCCAGGAGUUGGUGCACAGGGACCCCCAGGGAAAAUAGGACCACCCGGUCUUGCUGGCCCUCAAGGACACAAAGGGAAUCCAGGUUCAGGCACUGGUGUUCAAAGUGCAUUAGUAACACGGCUUCAAUCAGAUGUCAAGUACCUAACAGACAGACUCGCUGUAGUUGAGAAAGUCCUAGGAUAUCACAUGUUCAGGAAAGCGGGCCAGAAAUAUUACGUGUCUGAUGGGCUGGUGGGAGAUUUUGAAAAGGCACAGAAGUUCUGCUCUGACGCUGGGGCUAAAAUUGUCCUGCCAAGAAGUGAAGAUGAGAAUAAAGUGCUAACUUCAAUGCAAGCUGCCCUUGAGUCUACUUAUGUAUAUGUUGGUGCAACAGACAGAAAGAAAGAAGGGCAUUUUGUGGAUAUGAGUGACCAACCAUUAACUUUCACCAACUGGAAGGAAAAAGAGCCGAACAAUUAUGAUGGAGUAGAAGAUUGUACAGUUAUUUACAAAGAUGGUGUGUGGAAUGACAUUAACUGUAAUUCAGAGUGGCAUGUGGUGUGUGAACUGUGAAACAGAUUAUGAAUUGUUACUGCUCUAAUGUUUGAAUUAAGAAGGAAUAAAGGAAAUCUUUAAAAAACAAUUUGGAUUUGCCUCAUAAAAACAUAUUCUAGUUUGCUUUCAUAAAAAUUCAGGUACAGUUCAUUAA